ACUUCGGAAACAGCAGGCAGGGAAAGUAUACGAUCAUACGACCGGGCCUUUCAGCAACACCUCAUCGAUUACAGCAUAUUCCCUCAUGCUUAUGAGUUCCCAGAUGGUGGAAUGCCGCCAAAGCUUAAAAAUAAAGAAGAUAUCCUUCGGGUUCUGGCCCAAUCCAGAGCAUCGCUGAGUCAUUUCUCAAACCAUAACUUCCGCAAGUUCAAACAAGCAGAAGCGCAAGCAACAAAGGAGAGAGAUAUCACGACAAGUGUCAUACCUAUUAUUGAAGGAGAUAUAGGGGACAGAAAAUGCCUCGCUGGCAAAAUUCCAUUUACGAAUCUUGAGCAUCUAACGGACGGUACACUUGUGCCAGCCAGCCCCGAUAUAUUCUAUGGUGCACGUCCGGAGCAGCUCCACCCACAAAUACGUAAAGCACUGAGCGGUCGUGUUGUCCCUUCCACUCAGAGUGAUCUCCCUGUCGCGCCGAAUUUCUUCGUGGAAGUAAAAGGGAAGGAUGGUUCUGCAGCUGUAGCUCAACGACAGCUGAUUUACAAUAUGGCUCUUGGAGAAAGAGGCCAACAGGCUCUUCGAUCGCGCAAUCCCUUUCACGCUUCAUACGAUAACAAAUCUCAUACUCUCGGCUGCUUAUAUCUGGAUAGACAAUUAAAGAUUUUCGCUACCCAUGCAAUACAACUAUCCUCGCUGUUUGGGCAACCAGGAUUUGUUGUAACGCAGCUCGGUGCAUUUGCUUUAACCAACGAUGUCGAUACCUUUCGGCGAGGAGUCGCAGCAUAUCGAAAUGCUAGGGACUGGGCAAAGAAGCAAAGAAAUGACGCAAUUGAGCAAGCAAACGAGAGGCUAAGCUGGGACGAAGUUAUUAAGUUCCCUCCAGCCCUGACCUUACCGGGGCUCAAGCACUUUUGGUCCAAAGCUAUAUCGAGAUUGCAGCGGAGUAAGUGA